AUGAGAGAUAAUUUUGGAUCUACUAGACGGACGACUAAUGGUGAUGUUCCUCCAGGUGACAAUGAAGAUUCUUCUCAUUACCAUUUUGACGAUAGGCUCAGCUCUAGGCUACAAUAUCCUUUGCAUCCAAAAGGCACCAACGAGGAGUCAUUACCACCUUCUAAAAGGAAUGGUAUAGCCAUUGUUGAAAUCUGGCCAUCAGAUAUAAUCAGUAAAAAUGCAAACCCUGCAGAUAUGAGUAUUGCCGAUGUAAUGAAUUUCGGUAGGAUUUUUACGGAAAGAAUAGCUGAGAUACCAGCUGUUAAAGAUAUUAUAGUGAAGGGAAGAUUUGACGCAGUUGUUACCGAGUUCUUUUUCUCUGAUAUUGAUUCUGGAUUCGCAGCCGUCCUCCAAGUACCCUGGAUUCUCCUGUGCAGUACUAUCGUAGACCCACAUCUGGAACACAUGGUGGACACUGUCAGAUCUGUUCCCGUGGUUCCACUACCACUCAGCCUGUUACCCAUGCCCAUGAACACUUGGGAGAGGAUGCAGAACCUAUUUGGGCACUUGUUCCUGAGUUAUACUACGUGGAGAAGCUUCCCAAUCCAAAAAGAGUCAUACAACAGACUCUUCAGUCCGCUAGCAAAUGCCCGAGGCAAUACCCUACCUUCAUUCGAAGAAGCCUACACGAAUGUAUCCAUAUUAUUCGUAAAUUCACACCCCACUUUCGUACCGGUGAAGAGUCUACCACCAAAUGUGAUUGAUAUUGCUGGAUACCAUAUUGGAACUACAAUACCACCGUUGCCAAAGACCUCCUUCCAGUGA